CUACGGCCCUAAACAGUUAACAGUAGUUGAAAUGACUGAUCUUCCGUGAUUUAUAAUUACAAAUCUUUUGUACACGAGUUGUAACGACUAAUACUCCCACUGUUUUAUCUUGCAUUAUUUGUGACAAUGCCUUAUCUAUAUAUCAAGUGUUUAAGUUAGGUCAGGGAGAACGAACAAUGGCGGUCUUAAACAUUCUUAAAGUCAUAACUUUUAUGUGUUUGCUUGUAAUACCAAACAUUGUAAAUGCUGACAUAGAUAGUGACACGGAGGACAUAUCAAGAUACAGUGAUGGAGAUAUUCUUAAACAGGUUCUUUCAAAAAUGGAAGCUAUGCAUGCAAAAAUAAAGAAGUUGGAAAAGUCGGAGUCAAGUUUGAAACAGUCUAUCAGCGUUCUAAUUGGAACUACCGCACAGUUCCGGCUACAGAUCGCAGACCUUGAACAAUCCAAUAAAGAAAAAGGAGAAAGGAUUUCAUUUCUUGAAAAUAAACUGGCAAGUAGUAGUGAAUUGGAUCGUGCCGUUAACAGAGACACACAGGAAGCUGAACAUGCUGUUGUGAACGGAAAGGUGUCAGGAAAAGAAAAAGAAGUUAGAACAGACGUUGAUAACGGAGCGACUGAAACUAUUAGAAGAGAAAACGACAGGCCAACGAUAAGAGAAUCUCGCCAAGUUCCAGAACAAGUGGCUUUUACCGCAUACUUAGAUCACGUGAUAAGAAAUUUAGGCAAAGACCAACCCAUCGUUUAUAAUAUGAUAUUACUGAAUGAGGCUGGGGCUUACAGUGUCAACAGUGGAAUAUUUCGUGCGCCUGUGGCAGGAGUGUAUCUGUUUUCAUGGUCCGCAACAGCCAGGAAGCUACCGGGCGAAAGUCCUCACGAUAUAUGGAUAAAACUAGUCGUAAAUGGCGUCCAUAUGGUUGGGGCAGUCGCUGAAAGUCGAAGUGAUGGUGACGACAAUCAAGGAAGUAACACAGUGGUCCUACGUCUGAACCAAGGUGACGAAGUAUGGACUGCACAUUAUGGUGGCACAGAUAUUUACGGGGCCGACAAUGAAAGAACAACGUCAUUUACUGGUGUUUUAUUGUACAUGGACUGAAAGUAGUCUGGACGAAAUAAAAUAUAAAUGUGAGACAGUG